UCGCACAACAUCAACCCGAACGAACGACUUGACGCAAGUCAACAACAACUGCUGGCAGUUCAAUACCUAAUCACCCACCACCACCCAUCAUGUCGUCGUACUUGUCCAACAUACUCACAAAUACCACAUCCAAAUACAACACGCUCCGGCGCAACCUCCUGUCCGACGAGGUCGACGGCGACACCGAGGACGACUCUCACCUGUGUCGUGCUCUUCGCGCAUACUACGUGGAGCAAGGCAAAGCCUUUCCACCAUGGCUACCGAAUGAUCCCAAGCGAUCAGCAUCAGCGCAGACAGCAUCAUCCUUCACAUCGAGUCUGAGACAACAAUCGUCACAGCAAAUGCCCACAAUCAAUGCGCCUCAAGGAGGAGGAAGAGGUGGUCUGAGCGAUCUAUGGGAUACGCCGGGACAGAGACAGCCAUCACCACAACCACAAUCGCUCCGAGUCCGACCCCAAGAACGAAACGGAUCAUACCAGGGACGCGCUCAGGGAGGAGACAAUUUGGCAGCACCCCGACCACUGCCAAGUCAGAGAGCGGGAAGCUACCAAAGUACUAUAGCCCAGCAGCAAGGCAACGAUGCCUCGCCGACACCGAGCAGUGGAGGUACAGCACAGGAGAGACUCAAAGCAAGACUGUGGGGAGCGGCGAGAGCAGGUAGUGCAGCAAGCAACCUGAGUGCAGGGUCAGCAGGAUCGGGACCAGGGGCACCAUCACCAGCAGGGUCUGGUCGCUUUGCCAGAGGAUGAUUUGGUUGUAGUAGCAAGGCGUUUCGGAGUCUUUUUGCUGGAUACCCGUAUUGCAUAGUUUCGGUAUCGUUCAUGAGCACGAACAUGUACAAGACAGACUCGGUCGAAUAUGUAUUGUUUCCUAUUUCGUCCUCGAAGACUGUCUAUUCACCCAGAUCAAUUGACCUUUUCUCGACUGGAGAGGAAAUCGAUGGAGGGUUGGAAAGAGGGGUCCACCCAAGGACAUUACCCCACACACGUCACUGCUCAUCGGUCACAAGCAUCAAGGCAGCAAGAUAGUGAGUAGAGUAGAUAAUCACAUGUUUCCUGCAUCCUGCAAGACACAAUGGCC